AUAACUGAUCAUUUCCAGCCAUUAAUAAGGUAGUGGACUGUGUUUGAGAUGAAAGCCAAUGGUGUGUAGGAAAGAAACCCUCUCUCUCUCUCUCUCUCUAGGUCAAUUAUUGAGUCUCUCUAAGGGUUGACUCCUAGGAGAAUGUUUUUCUGUGAUCCACAUUGUUUGGUAGUCUUUGCAUUAUAGUGUCCUGUGUAGGUCCAAUGAAAGUUGACCAAACACAAAAAACAUAAUUGAUUCAUUCACAGAUCCUAUUUCUUCAUCAUUCUCAAAGGGACACUUAAUUAAUCCUGCUGAUCAUUCAUAAUCACCCAAAGUAUAUGUGUCUAGGUCCAUGUGACCUCGCACGUGCCAUGUCACUGAGCUCCACACGUGUCCAAAUGGGGGAAUGACAAAGUUACAAUAAUUGAUCAGGCAGUGUAUACUGGCUGCAUAAUUGUGCCAUACCAACAGACAUCGUGCACUGUUUGCUGGCCCUAGCCACUAGAGCAGCAUGUAACAUGAGCAUGUGUGAGAGAGAUGGUAGAGAGAGUGGGGAUUAAAUAAAGGCUAAAUAUAAUUCAUGUAAAAAAAGUUAGAAAGUUAAUUGUGAAUCUUAUAUCGCUCUCUUAUACAUCUUCUUAAAUGAAAGUCAACUCACGGGUUUGAAGUUUACAAAUGUCCGUCAUACACCGUGCUUGAAUCAAAUGUUAAUAUUAGGGUGUGAAGAUCCGAAUAACGCGACCACUUGAUCAACUAAGCUCUGAUACCAUGCCGUACACUGUUUGCUCCCAAUAAUUCGAGUUGUUGCGCAAAAGGUCAACUAUAUGCAUCUUAUAUGUCAAGAACGGAUCGAGAUAAUCGACCAUGCAAGAAAGAUAAAGAACACACGGUUUUUUACGUGGUUCACUGACACGCAAUGUGUGUCCGUUAGUCCACGGGGUAGGAGAUAGCCAGUUUCACUAUACUUGGGAAGAUUACAUAUUACAAAGAGAUUGAGAAGAAGUAUGUAUAGUACUUCUCCAACGAUCUAAUCCAACACCAAUAUGAUUAAAAAAAAAAAAGUUGCCGACCAUGCCCAGAACAGAAACUCAAAUGUGUAAAAGUCCAUACACACCAUAGACUCUCGUGACUUCCAAUUGAUAAUAAGUAAUCUAUUCAAAUCAUAUAAACAAUAUACCACUCUCUCUCACGGUUCCUGUUUAGUCAGAAGAGGUCAAGAAUGAAAACCAAAAAUGGUGAUGAUUGAUGAAGGUAUAGCCAGCACCAAGCACCAGAGACAAUCCAUAUGGGGUCCUGAUUUCUUUUCAUUCUUUCUUCCUCCAUAGAAAUCCCACCGCCAUGGCCACCCCCCACCAUCAAGAAUCCCUCCCCUUUUUUUCCCACUUUUGGAAAUGUAUGGGCGUGAUUAGCAUGGAAUUGCAUUGUCCAUAGCACUUUUGCUGAGAAACCCAUGAGAUAGUGAUGCAAAAUCUUCCUCAAAAUUUCUUUACCAUUUCAAGUAGUUUUCCAAGAUGAGGAUAAUAAUAUUUGAACUAUGAUUGUUUAAGUAUCCUAACAUCUCGAGUUUUGGGAUAAGUUAGUUUAUGACAUGGUAUUAGAAUAUGUUUGCUAUUGAGGUCAUGUGUUGAAGUUUUCACAAACACCAAUAUUUAAUCGUUGUACUUAAAGCACAUGGUGUUACAGGCCUGUGCAACUUUAAAGUUCAAACCCAUAAGUUGGCUUUCGUUUGAGGAGGCGUGUAAGAAAGUGCUUAAGUAUCAUACAUGGGUGAUGGAUCUCUCCCAACAAUUCGAGUUAUUGAGACCGGUUGGUUUAUGACAUUGAUAUCAGAACUGGUUUGUUUUUAAGGGCACGUGUUCAACUUCUCACGACCCCCAAUAUUCAUCGUUGUCGUAAAGCUAAAUAACUACUCUCGUGUAGUGGCAGAAAUGGAUCAAAUGGGCGCCAUGUCUAGCUACAAAUGUGAUAAAAAUGGGGCCAAAAGGAUUUGUUUCCCAAAUGAGUUUUUUUUUUUUUUUUUUUACUUUGACACAUUCACAAUAUUGAGAUAAACGAUAGCCAACUUCAUCAAAUCUUUCACCACAGAAAGAACAAAUUGGAAAGAUGGUCUCUCUCUCUCUCUCUCUCUCUAAUUUCUCCAUCAACUUUGGGGAUCGCCGACCCAACCACCUUCUGCCAAAUACACCCUGCCAAUUUCCAUGCCUCCACCUCCAGCUUCCUUUUCUGGUUUAUCGUCUAUUGGCAUGCAUCAGAGAAUCGAGUGUCGAUGGAAUAUAUAAAACAAUAGUAGUGCCUUUCAUGUUAUUAUUAUAUAUAUGGCCAUACUGUUCCCAAAUAUAUGUGGGAAUGGAAGUGACAGUAAGCUGGGAACUCAAUACUGUUUGCUCUGUUCAAUCCAUCAUUAUUGCCAACAGCUGGUGUGUCUUUGCAGGUAGUAGUAGUGCUCUUCUGAUCUGUGCAAAUCUUACGAUCAUAGAUCUGUACUAUGUUUCCCUUCACUUGGCUAUAAUAAGUUAGUUUUCUGUAGAAUUGCCAUAGUCAAUUCAUUGGGUAAUUUGACGUUGUGAUAUGACUCGUAUGGGCAUUGGAUCGGACCCAAAUGAUUCAUAUGAAAUUUUAGGAUUUUGGGUUUGGGUUGGAUUUGAAUUAGGUCGGAUUUGGACGGUCUUAUCUAAAAGGGUCUAUUUGGAUCCAGAUGAUUGUAACACAAAAAGACGUAUCGAUCGUUAUUUCAUUAACAACCUUCAAAACCUACACGUAUUGUUUGUUUUGUAAUUAAAAAAAAAACAAUGCAUUGUUUGUAUUAGGACCGGAUAUUCAUUUUCCUUUUUGUAUAUCCAAUAAUAUGGGUUCAAUUUAGACCCAAAUUACACAAAUAUGAUUUGAGUCGGAAUAAGUUGAGUUUGGACAAUACGCAAAUAUUGAGUCUUUUUUUGCCAUCCCUAAAUACUUUACCGAUAUUAACUCAUUACGUGGUUAAGUUGUCCACAAACUAAAGCCAGCCCAACCGGUUAAUUUCGAUAACUUUUUGAGUUGUUUAAACAUGCAUGAAUAUACUAUUUAUUUAGGUCUUUUUAUCAGGAGGUUCUUUCCCAUGGAAGUCGAAUUACAGAUUUGAAGUUUGCAUAUAUUCGACCUACCAUGCUUAAGGUGUCAUUCGCAAAACAUGUUACUAUUAAGUUCACUAACUUUCAGAGCACAUGUGUUUGUCUUCUUUCAUUCUGGUGUGAAGUUGUAUUACAUAUGGAUAGUAUUAAGCAUUUAAACGUGAGACUUUUUUUACCAAAACUCUAAUACCAUAUCAAAAAAUCAAUUCGUACUAUGAUUUGAUCACUAGCUCAUAUUCUUAUAAAGUUCUGAACUAGGACUACCAGGCAUAGUGAGACAUCAAUCCCUUUUCUCUUUAUCAGUGUUUUUCUUUGGAUCUUUGGCCAAACAUUUAGUACCAAAAUCACAUGAUAUGAUUAACAAUGCAACAAAAUAGUACAAAUACGGUGACAUUUCUAAACCCUACUUCAUAACCUCCAACAUUUACGUUCGAUUUAAGCAUAAAGUUUGAUCGACAUGUGCAAAUUAACUUCAAGUCUAGUUGCACUUCCGACGAAUAGGACAAAGAAAAAGUUACAAGUGAAAGCAAAAUUUCCCCUCACCAAAUCCCACUUUUUUGCAUGAACACAUAACAAGAAAUUAAUUGUUAAUUAAACGUGCUAGCUAGUUGAUAUGGAAGUACUGAUCUUUUCAUUUGUUUAUUAUUCUCUAAUCAUGGAUUACGGUCAGCAAGAGUCUGCGAGGCACUCUUAAAGCAGAGACUUAUUAAUUCGUUAUCUUUUGUGAAGGAGACUUAUUAAUUGAUUAAUUGAUCAUGUUUUAGUGGGGAUGGGUUCGACAAAUACGAGACAUACAUGAUUUGCUUGUUUCAACAUUAAUAGCAAAUGGACUUUCAAAAUGUGAUCAUGAUUCAUACAUGAUUGAAAGAGAUUAAGAGAAGUUGGUAAUAUGAUAAUUAUUAGUCUUAAUAUGGGUGUCGGUGAGGUUACGGUACAAAACUCAGCAUACAGGUUUGAUCGAAUGAAAAAUUAAUGGUCAAUUAUUAUGUUGUUUUUUAAAGGUUUUUUUUAUUGUUUUUAAAUCAAAUAUUUUACUGUUUUGAUUUUUGAUGUAUUAUUAUUAUAUUAUUUUAAUCUUUUUCUUUUUUGUAAAAAGAAGUAAAAACUAAAAACAAUAAAUUCUGGGCCAGCAGCUGCUACAUUGCUUCGGAUUGCGACAGGCCCAAAACGCAUUCCUCUAAGGCCCUGGCCCAGGCCCAAUAGAAAAACUAUACUGCUAAUUUUUCCUUUUUCUGUUUCUUUUUGCGAAGUCUAAUCCCUAGAACCAAAAUCUCCCAAAUCAUAGGUCUCAAUGAGGCCUUCAGGCUUGAAAUGAUUGCCCGCCAACCCUCUCUGAAAGCCAUACAAGUAAUAGCCGAGCAACGGUCAACCGCCGCGGUAAACCCUCAACCUCUCAACAAUGCACACCAACUGUUCGACAGAAGUCCCCGCCGAGGCCGAGCCAGGGCCGACGUCAACCGCUCCAUGGUCGAAUCCCUUCAGAGAAAGGCCCCAUCUCAAGCGCUUCAGGUCUUCAGGAGCCACUUUCAGCUGGGACACACGGGCACGAUCGAUGGCAUCACUGUCGCUCUCUCGCUUAAAGCUUGCAAUGGAGACCCAUUCCGGGGAUCUCAAAUCCACGGCAUCGCCUUCACCUCCGGGUUGUGGCCGUGCAUCACCGUGGCGAAUUCGUUGAUGAAUUUGUACUGUAAAGCUGGGGACUUUUCCAAGUCCCUGUGUAUUUUUGAGAGGCUGACUGACCCUGAUACUGUCUCGUGGAACACGGUGCUUUCCGGUUUCAGGAGGAGUGAAGAUGCUCUGAGUUUUGCUUGUAGAAUGAACUCUAAUGGGGUUGUCUUUGACCCUGUAACUUAUACCACCGCGCUUUCCUUCUGCUCGAGGAAUGAGGAGUUUCGUUUCGGAUUGCAGUUACAUUCGUCUAUAGUGAGGUCCGGGUUAGAUUGUGAAACUUUUGUUGGAAAUGCUCUCGUAUCUCUGUAUUGUAGAUGGGAACGGCUAUUGGAGGCCAGGAGAAUGUUCGAUGAGAUGCCGAGUAAAGAUCUGGUGUCAUGGAAUGCUAUCAUUUCAGGGUAUAGUCAGGGAGGGAUUCAAGGGUUGGAAGCAAUAUCUAUGUUCAUUGAAACUAUUAGGAGAGGGAUUGACCCUGAUCAUGUCUUACUUACUGGAACAGUUUCAGCUUGUGGUCACGAGAAGAACUUGGAACUGGGGAAGCAGAUUCAUGGGUUCAGCUUAAAAAGAGGAUAUGGGAAACAUGUCUCUGUCGGCAAUGUCCUGAUUUCGACAUAUUCCAAGUGUGAUCGUGUUGAAGAAGCCAAGUUGGUGUUUCGGCAUAUGAACGAGCGCAAUGUUGUUUCAUGGACUACAAUGAUUACUAUCAAUGAAGAAGCUGCGGUGUCACUCUUUGAUCAGAUGAGAUUAGACGGUGUCCCGCCUAAUCAUGUGACGUUUGUUGGUCUUCUCCAUGCUGUUACGGUUCGUGACUCGGUUGAACAAGGCAAGAAGAUUCAUGGGAUUUGUCUGAAAUCAGGUUUCUCGUUAGAGCCAAAUGUUUGUAACAGCCUCAUUACAAUGUAUGCCAAGUUCAAAUCCAUGGAUGAGUCGAAGAGAGCGUUCCAGGAGCUUGAUCAGAGGGAAAUCAUAACUUGGAACGCCCUAAUCUCGGGCUAUGCACAGAGCGGACUGAGUCAAGCAGCGAUUCAAACGUUCUUAUCAGCAGUCACAGAAGCGAAGCCAAACCAGUACACUUUCGGCAGUGUCCUGAGCGCAAUAGGCGCAGCUGAAGAUGUCUCUCUAAGGCACGGCACGAGGUGCCACUCUCAGAUAGUAAAACUCGGGUUCAACACCGACCCUGUCGUCUCUUCAGCUCUCCUCGACAUGUACGCUAAGCGAGGAAGCAUGUCCGAAUCCGAAAGAGUCUUCUCCGAGGCACCUCAGAGGACACAGGUCUCAUGGACGUCAAUGAUCUCGGCCUAUUCAAGACACGGAGACUACGAAUCAGUCAUGAACUGGUUCAGCCAAAUGCUGUCCGAACAGGUAGAACCCGACUCGAUCACAUUCCUCUCCGUCCUAACAGCCUGUGGGAGAAAGGGAAUGAUCGAUAAAGGUCGCGAACUGUUCGAUUCCAUGGUCCAAGACUACCGAAUCGAACCAUCACCCGAGCAUUACUCUUGUAUGGUGGACAUGCUGGGGCGAGCAGGGAGACUCGAGGAAGCGGAGGAGAUGGUGAACCAGAUCCCAGGUGGACCAGGUUUAUCAGUGCUCCAAAGCUUGCUCGGUUCUUGCAGGACGUAUGGCAAUGUGGAGUUGGGGGAAAAGGCAGCCGAGGGGUUGUUGGAGAUGGAGAGGAAGGAGUCAGGGACCUACGUCCUGAUGGCUAACUUGUAUGCAGAGAAGGGGCAGUGGGAGAAGGCGUCGAGGUUCAAGAGAGCAAUGAGGGAGGAAGGUGUCCUGAAGAAGAUAGGGUUCAGUUGGGUUGACGUUGAUCAUGCCGCAGAUGGUUCGUUGGCUUUGCACGGGUUCUCGUCGGGGGAUAUGACUCAUCCAAUGGCGGAGGAGAUUCAUGGGGUGGCGGGGUUUGUGGGGAUGGAGAUGAAGUUCCUGAGAGAGAGGGAGGUGGAAUGGUAUGAGUGUGGUGUGAUGUUGGAGUCUGUGGGUUGUAUUGGGUAACAUUAUUUUUGUAGUUCCAUUUUCAUGAGCUUCUGUAGACUGUACAGCAUUGCUUACUCAAUGGAGUCUGGGUUUCUGCCAAUUGAUGGAAUCUGCAGCUUAAAAAGCUUUCACAGAAUCAUUUGGUUGAGGGUUUACAGAGAAAAGGAGUAAGGGAAGCGGGAAGUGUAUUUGAUAGAGGGAAUGCAAAAAAGGGGGGUUUAGAGAGAAAAGGAAUAAGGGAAGCAAGAAGUGUAUUUGAUAGUAGGAGUGCAAAAAAUCGUGGUCGGCAGGAUUCGAACCUGCGCGAGCAAAGCCCACAUGAUUUCUAGUCAUGCCCGAUAACCACUCCGGCACGACCACUUAUUGUCUGCUUAAUGGCGCAUUCAAUUUAUAUAAACUUUAUGCGACGAU